UAGAAUUUAACCCGACCCGUUUUGGCUUCUGCCGACCUUUUGCCUUCUUUCCUCCCACGUAUAAAAACAGUGGCCGUUUGUCUUUCAGUCACGAAAAUUCAAAAUCUGCUACCAAAGUAAUAAGAGGGUGCCGAUUCAAUCUGGAAUUUGGUCGAAUACAGGGCGUUUCUUCAUCAAUUUCCUUCCUGGUCUGCUUGUGGAUUGAUUGGCUGGAGCUCCUGAUUCUAAAUUUUGCAGUUUGUAGCCAAUGCACUGUACGGAAACGCAAGAAACCACGGGGGACACUAAUAAUUGCGUUUUGGCAUUGGCUGCAAAUAACAGUGCCACGAAUAAUCUGCUAGAAAGAAGGCCCUGGGAGAAAUUGCAGGCUGAAACUAAAUUGAUAGACAGCUCUGCUACUCCUUUAUGUGAUAGAAUUGGUGUAGACAGAGGCCAGUGUCCAAAACCUGCUGCUAAAGUGAAUUCAGGGCAGGGAAAGAAAAAGAGGGACAAGCAUACCACAAGGCACCCUAAUGCUGUAAACCUUGAUCACCGGGUGGACAAUAUGACCAAUAAUUCUGGGAUCCUAAGCAAUGUUUCUGCAUGUGCUAUGGACAAUAUCAGUUCUGGUCGAGUUUCAGAGUUGAUACCCAAUGAAGGAAGAAGUAAACAGAAAAGGAGGUACACUAUGGAGACUGAUGAGAAGACUGUGCAAUCAGAAAUUUCUAAUCUCAUGACUGGCAGUCCUGUUGAUGAAGAUGUAUUUCCCGUAUCAGUUAAGUCUAUCCCAACAGAAGAUUCAGAAAUGAAGAACAAUGUUGCAGGUUAUUGUUUAUCUGGGGGGAGGAAAGAAGCAACUGAGGAAUGUAAGAAGCAUAUCCUUUCUGAGAGUGCUGAUAUUUCUGUGAAAGUUGAAGCUAGAAGUUGUAGAGCUACCUUGAAAUCAGAAAAGUGUCUUCAUCCUCUUAAUUCAGAUGGGAUACCCGUCUCUGCGGGCAAGAUUAAGGUUGAGAGCAGUUUGCUGGAGAGUCAUGAUGAUGAUGAGGGGGUUACUAAUGAUUCAUCAGAAAUGAAGUUUCAGAAAACCUGCCAAAGAACUUGUCAAAUAAGAGAAGUAGUCAAGACUUAUUCCAGGAAAAGGAAAAAAGUCUAUGAUUACCCUGUGGUUGACUCAAAGUCCUUCCAGGAGGAUACUGGCUCUUUAGCAGAAGAGAACAUGAAAAAAUCUUUUUCAGAUCAUGCAGUUCAAAUGUAUUCAGGUGGCUGUAGCAAGGAUUUGAAUGAAAAGAAGUUGGUUGAAGGAGUUUUGGAAGAUCUUCUACUGGACAAAGUUGAUGAUGGCUAUACAGAUGUUGAAAGCCUAGGGAUGGAGAACGAGAGACGUAUGGACAUAGAUAAUUGUAAGAGAAAAACAACUGAAGGUUGUCUGAAUAAGGAUGUGCCUUUAGUACACAGUGCUGAACAACAUUUUGAGCAGUGUGAGAGGGUAAAGCCUGAUCACGUCAUGGGUACGCAGGGUGAUUCAAGAAUAUCACAUGUGGCUAAAGAAAUUGAUGACGAAUCUGGAAAGAUAGUCUCCGAUGAAUAUGUGGAUAAACACUCACUUCCAUCACUAUCAGAUCUGAGCAAUUCGAGGUAUGCUACCACCCAGGUUGACAAUUACAUGAAUAAUUCACUCGGAAGAUCUCUGAUUGGCAGUUACGGAAAAAAGCUUCUCGUCCUUGAUAUAAAUGGGCUGCUGGCUGAUAUUGUUCGUGUACCACAUAGAUGUAUGCCUGAUGCAAUAAUAUCAGGGAAAGCAGUUUUCAAGAGGCCAUUUUGUGAUGACUUUUUGCAAUUCUGCUUUACAAGAUUCAGCGUUGGUAUCUGGUCAUCAAGAACGAAGCGAAAUGUAGAGUUAAUUCUUGAUUUUCUCAUGGGGGAUGCUAAGAAGAAGUUACUCUUUUGUUGGGAUCAAUAUCAUUGUACUGAGACUGGUUUCAACACCGUUGAGAACAGAGAAAAGCCUCUCCUAGUGAAGAAACUUAAGAAAUUAUGGGAGAAGUAUGAACGAAAUCUACCCUGGGAAAGAGGAGAAUACAAUGAAACAAACACGCUUUUGAUAGAUGACUCUCCGCAUAAGGCCUUAGGGAAUCCACCACAUACAGCUAUCUUUCCCCACUCAUAUCAAUAUUCAGAUGAGGAUGAUAAUUCAUUAGCAGGACCUGGAGGUGCUUUGCGAGUCUAUCUGGAAGGACUAGGCAAUGCUGAAAAUGUACAGAAGUAUGUAGAGGAAAAUCCUUUUGGUCAGCGACCCAUCACGGAGAAAAAUUUAUCCUGGCGUUUCUAUCUUAAGGUUAUUGAAGCAAUGUCAUCAACAUCCAGAGAUAUUCAUUACAGAUAUUCAAGAGAAAAUUAUCACUGGCGAGCAAGAGAUACUCCUGAUAGAUAUUCAAGAGAACAUUAUCACUGGCGAGCAAGAGAUACUCUGAAUAGAUAUUCAAGAGAAAAUUAUCACUGGCGAGCAAGAGAUACUCCUAAUACAUAUUCAAGAGAAAAUUAUCACUGGCAAGCAAAUAGAUAAUUGGCUGUCAGAUUUGAUACUGCUAGUCGUUUUUGGAUCCAAAUGGUGCAAGAUAUCUAACAGUUGCAACAUAACUUCAAUUUUGCUGGCAUGUGAAUAUUGGGCAAACCAGAAAUAUUUGGAUGUGAUAAUCCUGAUGGAUUUCCUUGUUUUGCUUUCAGUCCAAGGCAGAAGGUACGCAGCAAAGAAAUUACUUGGACAUUCGAUCUCAGGCAAGUCAGUUUAAGACAAAUUAGUUUUGAUGAUAGAUACUUCUGCUGUAUAUUGGCCAUUUUGCACUUCGGCCAUAUGGAUCGCUUAUUUUGGAUGAUAAGCUUAUUGUGAAGAUGCAGUUUUUGUUUUCGCUCUGCUGCUCCUGUGGGCUUUUAUAGCUGCCUUCUCUUUUUCAUUCAACACCAUUUAAUACUAGUGGAGAUGACAUGAAAGCUUGUAAUCUAGUGUAAACAAAACACCGCUUUUGUACAUUUAGCAUCAUGCACCGUAUAAUUUAAAAAAGGAAAGAAAAGAAACAGUAUGCAGUGUUUGUUA